AGAAGAAUCGCUCGCUCUCUAUCUCUCCCAUUUCUUCGUUCCCAGACGUCGCGAUUUCUUUGCCGGUGCUGCGAUCUCGGCGUUCCACACUUUCAAUGGCGAGUCCAAGAGUUGUCUCACAAGAUAGAAAGUCUGAUGACCUAGAAAUCGUCUCCGUCGGAGCUCUCUAUAGCGGCUCCUGGGAUAAGAAGUACUGGAGUUCAUCUAGGGGUAAAGAUCGUUUCCCUUAUCCUGUGGGCUACAAAGCUGUUCGAGCUCACAGUGGAAACACAUACUAUAUGGAGAUUGAAGAAGGCGCCAAAGGACCUUUAUUUCUGAUUAGAUAUUUGGAUGAAUCAUGGACGGGGCAGACUCCGGAUAUUGCAUGGAGAAAGUUCCAGAAGACUGGCUUCGCCCACUUAAAAAUAUGGCAUGGAAAACGAUUUACAUGUAAGAUGAACGGCAUGGAGUUUUUUGGCUUCAAAAACACGUUGGUUCAGAGGUUGCUCCGGGAACUUGUGACCAAAUCCCAUGGAAUGAUAGGAUCUAGCUCCAACAGUAGGGCCUCUCAAAUCCGGGUCAAUGAUGAAACACCAGUCGUGUGUGCAAAUCCAAAUUUAUUUUGCUAUCUGGACAUGCCAGUGGCUAGAAAGAAAAGAAGCAGAAAACCUGGAAUGACAGACCAGAAUUCAGUAGUUAACGAUGGCCAUAAAAAGCUAAGAUUCCAAGACUCAGUAUCUGGCCGUGAGAUUUUAAAUUCAGUUGCAGGGUCAAUCUGUUCAGUGAAAGGAGAAGUAGAGAUAGUUGGUCUGCAAGUAGCACCACCAGAGCAGUUGCAUUCUAGUCAUGCCACAAACGGAAAUUUACCUCUACCAUCAGAAAAUGCACCAUAUGUAAAUGCUGUCAUCCAUGAUCAAGAAAAAGACCGGUUUCCUGAAGAGCGUCAUGGGUUGCAAGAGAAGGAAAACAAAACCAAUGAUGAUAUUUUUUCGCAUGAGAGCCAAAAUAUGAUUGGUUCCAGUCUUUGUGCAUCCGAUACCUUGGAUUCCCUGCAAGUUCUUGCAGAUAACAUUAUAAGUUUUGCUCCAAAAAGAGAUGAUGAAAUGAGUGACAAGCAAGAAGAAGAAUUAACCUUUGCUAACAUGGUAGUUGGUGAAGGGUUUUUAACUGAACCAAAAGCAGAGGAUUUAGCUGACUAUUCUUUGAAUCUGACUUCUGAUUCAGCUGAUCAGGAAACUGCCCAAUCAAUGAUGUCAUUUCUACUUCCUCAAGCAUUUUCAUUGCUCAAGAAGGCCUCAAAGAAUAAUCCCCAAAACAAUGGCCAUAAUUCCUCUCCAAAUUUUGCAGCUGUGUCACUGUCGAUAAGAAAUUCCAGUGGAGAUGAUGAGAAUAUGCAAGUUGCUCCAGAUUCCGAUCAAGAUCUUACAAGUAAUUUGUCCAUUGCUCCUGACAGUUUUGAUGAAUCUCACUUGGAUAUUCCCGGGAGUAGUCAUAUCAUCUCUUCAUUCAAGAAAGCCUAUCCAGUAGAUCCUCCCAAAAUGCAAAUAGCCAAGGGACAGGUUGCGGUAGUAGAUGCAAAUCAGUCGAUUUCUGCUUUGGAGACUAUUGCGAUCAUAAAACCUUCUUUACAUGAUGUUAGUACUAUUAUGGAAGAGAAAAAUCAAGAUGAAUAUGUGAAGAAGUCCAUGUCAAUACCACACUUCACCAGUUCAACUAACAGGAUAUUAUCCCAAGAAUCUGCGGAACUCUGUGCCGCAGAAGGAAAAUUGUUGCCGAAAGAACACCCUGACAACAAUAAUCCAAGUAGCACAUCUUGUUCUGUUGAAGGUAAUGGUUUUGGGCUUUGCGCAACCCCUACUGAAGUUGGUUCUGUCAAAAAAGAAAAACAUAAGGUGUACAUCAGGAAAAGAUUCUCAUCCAAUCAACAGCGAAGAAACAGAAACUCAUCCUCUGAAAGUAAAAAUAGUUGCAUAGAUACUGGAGAUGAUGAUUCCAUAAGCAGAAUGCCUCCUACUAAAAUCCAAUGUAUCUCGGAGCUUAAGCCGACCUUAAGCAAUGAAAGCGGCCAUGUAACAGAACAAUACCAGUGCUCUGAGUUGGAUAACAACGCAUUCACCAAUGUAAAAAGCAAUGAGGCGUUACGACAAGAUAUGAGGUUAGUUCAUGCUUUCGGAAAUGGAAGUAUAUCACCAUCGUCAUUUCCAGCUUCAAAAGUUGAAGAUUUUCAAGCCAAUAUUGGUGAGACAUUGGGCAUCCAAGUCUCUGAACCACUUUCUACAACUUCAGAGUAUAAGGAAAAUACUAGCGAGAAAAGCAUGUCAGUGCUGGAACUUCCAGCUAAUUUGAAUUUUAAGCUGAACAGAGAUAUAACGACCAACAGUAAGAUGGAAAAAAGUGUUGAGCUGCUUGGCUGCUAUUUUCAUCCCAUGCCUGUUUCAUCAGUAAUACUCAAGUCUGUUGGGAAUGAAAUAUAUAUCUGCGUGUUCAGCUUUGCUACAGAGGAUAGAGUUAGUACCCUGUUUAUGUAUAAGAUAUCAGCUAAAACACCAAGCAAAGGAUUCCCUUCUGUCAUUGGUCACACUUCUGCCAAACUCCCCAUUGUGGAUGACAAGUCUGGUGAAAAUAGAACACUCGAGAGAUAUUUACACUUUACUCCAGACGGGGAGCAUCUUAUAUUUACUGGCAACAUCAAAACACCUUAUUGCAGGAAGAGGGAUACUGAUUGCUCGUGUUUGACUUGUACAACAGCCUGCUUUGAGGAGAAUGCAGUGAGGAUUGUCCAAUUAAAAACUGGCCAUGUUUCUCUUGUGACAAAACUUCAAGCAGUUGACAGUGUGCAGUGUGUAGUGGUGUGCGAUCCGAAUUAUCUCAUUGCAGCUGUUAAAAGUGGCAACCUUAUCAUCUGGGGCAUGAACUCGCAUUGGAGAGGUCCUGUAGAAGAAUUCGUUAUACUUGCAAAUCCUUGCAUAUCUUCAUGCAUCGUGGAAUUGAAGAAGAUCCCAAGAUGUCCUCAUCUUGUUAUUGGGCAUAAUGGUAUUGGAGAAUUUACAAUAUGGGAUAUUUCAAAGCGAAGCCUAGUAUCAAGAUUUGUAUCUCCCAGCAGUAUGAUCUUUGAGUUCAUACCAACCAGCUUGUUUGCGUGGCACCCUGUACAUAGUCAUUCUACAAUCGAGGACCACAUUGACAUGAUUUUAGCUGCAACAAAAUUAUGGUUCUCAAAAGGGAUAAGCAACAAAACAUUGGUUCCAGCUGAAGUCAAAGACACUGCCAUCUGGCUUUUAGUGUCUACCGAUCUUGACUCAGAUGAUAAAUGUGAUGGUGUAGAAAGCCCAGCUACAUGUUGGAGAGUGGCUCUGCUUGUAAAAGACCAAGUCAUAUUGGGAAGUCAACUGGAUCCGAGGAUUAAUGUAGCGGGCACAGUAUCAGGUCAUGGAGUAGCAGGCACACUUGAUGGACUGGUGUAUUUGUGGGACUUAUCAACUGGUGCUAAGCUUGACUUUCUCCAUGAUUUCAAAGGUCAAAGAGUUACAUGCAUAAGUGCAGAUGAUUCCAAAAGUAUAUGCAUAGGGAGUGAAGAUGGUCAGCUUCUGAUUUAUUGCCUUCCUGAAAAGUAAACUCAAAAUCAAGGAUGGCAACACAAUCUAAUAUCUAAAGAGAGUUUAUUUUGCCAUCAGGGUAGGUUAAUGUUAUAUAAGUCAACUAAGUCUAUGAUCGUAAACUUUACCAGAUGAAUGUAAAUACAAAAGAUGAGGAGUUUAUUAUCCAGUUGAAAUAUGAUACAUGAUGAUAAUGAAUCUUUAAUUCUCAGUUUC